CUGCAAAGAGGAGGGAUCGAUCUCUAUCCGUCUCUUGGAUGUGGCUUGGAGACCAGAAGCAGCCGCAGCCACAGCGAUGCUUCCUCCGGACAUGAGAUGCUCUCCUCCGGCUUUUCAGCUUUUCCUUUGCACCCGAAGGAAACUCCGGAGGGAGAGAGGAACGGCACAACUGUGAGCCUUUCUUUCUUCCAAAGCCUUCCGACUUUGGGACCAAAAAGACCAGCCCCAUGGAUGCCCUCAACGCCAUGGGACGGGGUGCUCUUGGGUGCUGAGAGGAGGACGCCUCUUUGACGAUGGGUAACAAGCAGACCAUCUUUACAGACGAGCAGUUGGAUGCCUAUCAGGAUUGCUCCUUCUUCACGCGAAAGGAAAUUCUCCGGUUGCACGAACGUUACCACGAACUGGCCCCCCACAUUGUCCCCAUGGACUACACCAGGAACCCAGAUGUGAAGGUCCCGAAGCAGCUCAUAAUCAACAUGCCAGAACUAAUGGAAAACCCCUUUAAGGAACGGAUUGUCCACUCUUUUUCCGAGGACGAAGAGGGGAGUCUCAGCUUUAACGAUUUCGUCGACAUGUUCUCCGCUCUGAGUGAAACGGCUCCCCGAGAGCUCAAAGCAGUCUAUGCCUUUAAGGUCUAUGACUUUAACACCGACAACUUCAUCUGCAAAUCUGACCUGGAGCAAACCCUCAACAAGCUGACAAAGGAGGACCUCACGGAAGAAGAGAUCACCUUGGUUUGUGAGAAAGUCAUCGAAGAAGCCGACAUGGACGCCGAUGGCAAGCUGGGGUUUGCCGAUUUCGAAAACAUGAUCUCCAAAGCACCAGAUUUUCUCAGCACCUUCCAUAUACGAAUCUGAUGGCAUCAGGCUCAACAAUCGGAUGUCACACUUUUCCUUCUUCCUCUUAGCACCUCAGGCACCAUGGAGGCCUAUGAAGUUUGGACUAAUGUCAUCUUGGAACAUCCCAGCGAAAGAAGGACCACUGUUUUCCAUGAUGGUUGGAUUAUCUGUGGAAGCGUUGUCGGUUUUGCAUACGUCUUGUGUUGCAGAAUCAUCACAGUUGGUUGGCCGUGAUGAGAGCUUGAUGGUGGUUGGGUUCUUCUUGGAGGACAACUCAACUGGAUGCUCUUCAACGUGGAUUUGUAUUUGUACAGAUUUGAAGCGUGAUGAAGAUUCUCCCAAACACAAAUGGAUGGUGGUUGGGUUCUUCUUGGAGGACAACUCAACUGGAUGCUCUUCAACGGGGUUUUGUAUUUGUACAGAUUUGAAGCGUGAUCAAGACUCUCCCAGAGACAAAUGGAUGGUGGUUGGGUUCUUCUUGGAGGACAACUCAACUGGAUGCUCUUCAACGGGGGUUUGUAUUUGUACAGAUUUGAAGUGUGAUGAAGGCUUUCCCAAACACAAAUGGAUUCCAUACAAGAACAAAAUAUUGGCCUUAAAAGAAGUUGUGGAGGAGAAGGAAAGGUCUAUUCGCAACAGGACAUGGGAUGGAUUUCUGUUAUUGUCACUGUGUCCAUCGAAUGUGCCAUGGGACAGUUAGGUGCUCAAGCGACUCGGGAGACUUCCUUAACUAACGAUACUUGAAACAUGUUCCUUGAAAACAACCACCACCAACACUGUGUGCAUCUGUGACUCAUUUCUCCUCUUCGGGACUGUAUCUUCAACGUCCAAGGAAGGUCAUGUUUCUUCUCAUCUCCUGAUUCAAUUAUUCUGACAGAUUGCAAAAAAGAGAGAGAGAGAGAGGAAACCAAAGCCCAGGACAAUAAGUCAAGACCAAACCAUGUGCAUAUAUUUACAGGAAUUACAAAAAAAAAAAAAAAAAGACACACACAGACAAAAGGGUGACGAAUCCCGACGAAUAAAUCCAGGAAACCUAUCAGCAGUCAAAAAUAUAUGUCUUGCUUCUCGGAGAAAGCCAGCUAUGCAAACUUUCUUCUCAAACGCCUGAUGUUUCCUCCGUCUUUGCUCCUGUUUUUUUUUCUCCCUCUCUUUAAAAAACACAUUAUUUAUUUUGGUUGAAAACUGAUGACAAUCACACACAUGCAACUGUUCUCAAACAGUUCUUCUCGAAGGGCUCUGACAUUACGUAUUUGUGGCUUCUGUAUCCAAGUAAUCCAUGAUUAAAACUUUCACUGAUUUUA